AGCUUGGCACAGCCGGGGGCGGGGCCUCUAGGUUGGCGGAACCCUUUUCGGCCCCUCCCGCGCUGCCGCCCGGACGCAUUUCGCCGGCACACAGCCGCCCUAGCGACGGGCGCCUCGUUGCUAAGGGACGGCCUGAAGAACGGAUUCCUGUGCGCAUGGAGUCUGGAAGUUGCAGACCCCAGGCCUCCUCUCCAACCCUGCCUCAGCCUCUGAUAAUCCCCAGGAAUGCCAGCUCAGAUGUGCCAGCAGGGGCAGGUGGCAUUGGCGAAGGUGUUGACCGAGUGCUUUGAACCAUGGGCAAGCUCCAGAGCAAAAUCAAACAUAACACCUACAGAUACAGAACUGAAGGAUACGUGGAGGAGAAUGGAUCUACUAAAGUGGUCCAGGAGUACAAACAAGCUCACACUGAUGCUGUCAACUCAGUUACUGCUGUGAAUUCAGACAUUUGUGUUUCAGGAGGAAAAGAUAAGAUGGUUGUGGCCUACAAUUGGAGAUGUGGAGAUAUAAUGAAACAGUUCAAAGGACACGAACGGGAAAUCACUAAGGUAGCCUGUGUUUUUGGAACAAACCAAUUAUUCAGUGCAUCUCGUGACAAGACAGCAAUACUGUGGGAGUUGAAUGGAAAUUUACAACCAAUACAACAGUUUUUGGGCCAUGAUAUGGUUGUUACUGGAUUAGCUGUGAGUCCAGAUUCUUCACAGAUAUGUACUGGUUCUCGGGACAAUACUCUCUGUAUGUGGGAUAUAAAGACUGGAGAAUGUCUUCAGAAAGCUACCAUUUCAAGAAACCUGGUCACUCAUCUGUGCUGGAUCCCUGGAGAACCACUUAUGCUCCAGACCUCUGAGGAUAAAAGCAUCAGAAUUUGGGACAGUCGCAGGUUGCAAGUGGCUCAUAAAUUUCCAGUAAAGCAGCAUAUUCAGACCUACUGUGACGUCAGUCCAGAUGGAUAUAACUGUGUCUCUUGUAGCAGUGGCUUUGGAGGGGAAGGCUGUGAAGCAACGUUGUGGGACCUAAGACAGACUAGAGGUAAAAUAUGUGAGUACAAAGGACAUUUCCAGACAGUGACAUCCUGUGUCUUCCUGCCGAAUGGGUUAUCUGUGAUACCAGCAAUUGCCACCUCAUCAUACGACAGCAAGGUGAAGAUUUGGAACCAAGAUACUGGAGCCUGCCUUUUUACCCUCCCUCUGGAUGGAUCUGGCCCUUUGGCUUCCUUGGCCAUCUGUGACACCUCCUCCCUACUUUGUGCGAGUUUCAACUCUGGAAUUCACUUACUCAGGAUCAAUAACAGCAAAGGGCUGCAGAUGCAGGAAGUGGCCACGUUCUGAUGCCUCGCUGCCUUCC